GGACUAUUUCUGGAUACAGGACCUUCAGUUAACAUGUUGACUGUCCAUAAAAUGCAUUUUAGCAUCUUCCUCCUGCUGUGGGGAUGGAUUUUAUCCACUGAAUGCAGAACCCACCGACAAGGAAAAGAAAUACAUGAGGUAUACAAAAAAGGCAGCCGGCCGCAGCGGCAGAGACGGGAAGCGCACGGCGAGGCGCACAAGCAAGGCAGCCCAAUCUUAAAACGGAGCCCUGACAUCACCAAGUCUCCCCUGACGAAGUCAGAGCAGCUGCUGCGAAUAGAUGACCAUGACUUCAGCAUGAGACCAGGUUUUGGAGGCCCUGCAAUUCCUGUUGGGGUGGAUGUCCAAGUUGAAAGUCUGGACAGCAUUUCUGAGGUGGACAUGGACUUCACCAUGACCCUUUAUCUGAGGCACUACUGGAAAGAUGAGAGGCUGUCCUUCCCCAGCACCAACAACCAGAGCAUGACCUUUGAUGGCAGGCUGGUGAAGAAGAUCUGGGUCCCUGACAUGUUCUUCGUGCACUCCAAGCGCUCCUUCAUCCACGACACCACCACAGACAACGUCAUGCUGCGGGUCCAGCCAGACGGGAAGGUGCUUUAUAGCCUCAGGGUUACAGUAACAGCAAUGUGCAACAUGGAUUUUAGUCGCUUUCCCCUGGACACGCAGACAUGUUCCCUGGAGAUUGAAAGCUAUGCCUACACUGAAGAUGACCUUAUGCUCUACUGGAAGAAUGGGAAUGAUUCCCUAAAAACAGAUGAGAGGAUAUCGUUGUCCCAGUUCCUGAUUCAGGAGUUUCACACCACCACAAAGCUUGCCUUUUACAGCAGCACAGGGUGGUACAAUCGCCUCUAUAUAAACUUCACUCUACGCCGACACAUCUUCUUCUUCCUGCUCCAAACCUACUUCCCUGCCACUCUCAUGGUCAUGUUGUCCUGGGUGUCCUUCUGGAUCGACCGACGAGCAGUUCCUGCCAGAGUCCCGUUAGGGAUAACCACUGUGCUGACCAUGUCCACGAUCAUCACUGGGGUGAAUGCCUCCAUGCCUCGUGUUUCCUACAUCAAAGCAGUGGACAUUUACCUGUGGGUCAGUUUUGUGUUUGUCUUCCUCUCGGUGCUGGAAUAUGCAGCUGUGAAUUACCUGACAACGGUGCAAGAGAGGAAGGAGAGGAAACUGCGGGACAAGCCUGCCUGUGCCUGCAGCCUGCCUCAGCCCCGGAGCAUGAUGGUGGACGGCAGCUACAACGACGGGGACGUGAACGAGCUGGGGCACUUCAUGUCCCACGAGGACGGGGACAAGCAGGACAGGAUGAUGGUGCAGCUGGCGCUGGGCUCGGAGCGGGGCUCGGCCAGGAGGAAAAACCAGAGAUACGUCAGCAUGCGCAUCGACACCCACGCCAUCGACAAGUACUCCAGGAUAAUAUUCCCUGGGGCGUACAUUCUAUUUAAUUUGAUAUACUGGUCCAUUUUUUCAUAA